GCUUUUUCUUUUUUUAAAGAAAAUAUGCGUGGGAACGUCCUGUUGCUGUUUAUCAUCAGUGGACGCAUUUUUGGUUUUGAGCACACAUCUUUAUGAGUCUGCCCUAGAGGAUUCUGACUUUGUAUUCAUGCGAAAUACUAUUAACUGUAAUGUUUUCCUGAAACUCAAGUUUCUGUGAAAUCUAACUGUAAAUAAAAGCUUAGCCCGUUUGUGGGAAGUUAAGUAGAUAGAUCUCUAGGUCUGAUAAAUCUAAAAUCUUUAGUAUGAUCUCUUUCUAGCAGAUAUUUGCAUAUUUUCUUUUUCACAGGUUUAUUUAAUUGCCCAACUUCUGAUGAAGAUAAGUUGGAGUUACUGCUGAAACUGAAUUUUAUUCACCAGAAGACAGUCCAUUUAUUUCACUCCUUUUUGUUUUCCCUACUGCUUUGAAAUAUACUGUAACAGCUGAAAAACUUGGAAAAUAAAAUGAACAUGCUGUGGUCUUGAACAUAAUUUUUUUUUUUGAGGAAAAAUUAAAGUGCCAGAGUGGAAGCCAGAAUGGCAUCCAGAGAGAGGCUCUUUGAACUUUGGAUGCUUUAUUGUACAAAGAAAGAUCCAGAUUACCUGAAACUAUGGUUGGACAAUUUUGUUGCUAGCUAUGAACAAUUCUUAGAUGUUGACUUUGAAAAGCUGCCUACCAGGGUAGAUGAUGUGCCUCCAGGAAUAUCUCUGCUUCCUGACAAUAUUCUGCAGGUUCUGAGGAUCCAGCUACUACACUGUGUUCAGAAAAUGGCAGAUGGGUUAGAGGAACAACAGCAAGCCUUAUCAAUUUUGCUUGUCAAAUUCUUCAUUAUUCUUUGCAGAAAUCUAUCUAAUGUGGAAGAAAUUGGGACUUGCUCUUACAUUAAUCAUGUCAUCACUAUGACAACACUUUAUAUCCAGCAAUUAAAAAGCAAAAAAAAAGAGAAGGAAUUGGCAGAUCAGACACCUAUUGAAGAAUUUGUGAUCCAUGCAUUGGCAUUUUGUGAAAGUUUAUAUGAUCCAUAUCGGAAUUGGAGACAUAGAAUUUCAGGACGAAUGCUCAGUACAGUGGAAAAGAGCAGACAGAAAUACAAGCCAGCUUCUCUCACCGUGGAGUUUGUCCCUUUUUUUUAUCAAUGUUUUCAGGAAAGCGAGCAUCUCAAGGAAAGCCUCAAGUGCUGUUUAUUGCAUCUCUUUGGAGCCAUUAUAGCCGGUGGGCAGAGGAAUGCUUUGCAAGCAAUUUCUCCAGCCACCAUGGAAGUCCUUAUGAGAGCUUUGGCAGACUGUGAUCCCUGGGAGGACCGAGAUCCUGAAGACGCGGGUAGGAAGGUAGAGCUGACUCUCCAGUGCCUCACAGAAGUGGUACACAUCCUUCUCACCAGCAGCUCGGACCAGCGCCAGGUGGAAACCAGCACUAUUCUGGAGAACUAUUUUAAAUUACUGAAUUCAGAUCAUUCAGCUUUACCUAAUCAAAGGAGGUCCAGAGAGUGGGAAAGCCGGUUCAUAGCUCUACAGAUAAAAAUGCUGAAUACCAUCACAGCGAUGUUAGACUGCACAGAUAGACCUGUUCUUCAGGCCAUUUUUCUUAACAGUAAUUGCUUUGAACAUCUCAUACGACUGCUACAGAAUUGCAAGGCAUUUCAGGGGCAGUUGGAUUGUUUGGCUGUAUCAACCAUUCAGGCUUUGACAGCAGUAAUGAACAAAUCUCCAGCUGCUAAGGAAGUAUUUAAAGAAAGAAUUGGCUAUACACAUAUGUUUGAAGUAUUAAAAUCCCUGGGUCAGCCAUCACUGGAACUACUUAAAGAACUUAUGAAUAUGGCCGUAGAGGGCGACCACACUUCAGUUGGUAUUUUGGGCAUUAGUAAUGUGCAGCCUCUCUUGCUUCUUAUCCGGUGGCUUCCUGAGCUAGAAUCCCAGGACCUGCAGAUCUUCAUCUCUGAUUGGCUGAAAAGAAUUUGUUGUAUUAACAGGCAGAGUCGAACUACUUGUGUCAAUACAAAUAUGGGAAUUAGAAUCAUUGAAACCCUUGAUUGCCGUUCUUCCCUCCAUCGAACUUGUGCGGAGAACCUGAUCGCUCUCCAUGGUUCCUUGGGGAGUCAGUCAGUGAGCUCAGAAGAAUUGCAUCGACUGCUGAGACUGCUCAGAGUGGAUGAAUCUGAGUAUAUUCACCCUUAUACUACUCCUGUGACUCGGGCAAUCCUGACAAUGGCCCGAAAACAAAGUCUAGAGAGUGCACUGCAGUAUUUCAAUUUGUCUCAUAGUAUGGCAGGAAUUUCUGUGCCUUCCAUACAGAAAUGGCCAGGGUCUGCCUUUUCCUUCAAUGCUUGGUUUUGCUUAGAUCUGGAUCAGUUGACUCUUGGCAAUGCUAACAAAGGAGGAAAAAGAAAACAGUUGUACAGCUUUUUUACAGGAAGUGGCAUGGGUUUUGAAGCUUUUAUUACCCAUUCAGGUAUGUUGGUUGUGGCAGUGUGCACGAAAAGAGAAUAUGCAACAGUUAUGCUUCCUGACCACAGUUUCUGUGAUUCCCUCUGGCACAACAUAACCAUUGUUCACAUGCCUGGAAAAAGGCCCUUUGGUCAGAGCCUUGUCUAUAUCUACGACAAUGGACAGCAAAAGGUCUCUGCCCCUCUCAGAUUUCCUGCCAUGAAUGAACCUUUUAUUUCUUGCUGCAUUGGUUCAGCUGGGCAAAGAACCACCACUCCUCCACCAUCCCAAAUCCCAGAUCCACCUUUUUCUUCUCCCAUUACCCCUCAUCGGACAUCAUUUGGUGGAAUUCUGUCAUCAGCAUCCUGGGGAGGAACAACUGAAAAAUCAAAAUUGGUUACCAAAUUGAUAUCGGCAGGAACCCAGGAUAGUGAAUGGGGAUGUCCCACAUCUCUGGAGGGUCAGCUAGGGUCUGUCAUCAUCUUCUAUGAAGCACUACAGCCUCCUCAGGUGAAGGCGUUAUAUUUAGCAGGUCCAAACUGUUUAAGCCCUUGGAAAUUUCAAGAGUCUGACAUGGCCGACCUUCCUGGUAAUGUCCUUCUUCACUACACUGCAAAGGCCUGCAAAAAUUCAAUCUGUCUUGAUUUAUCUACUAAUUGUCUGCAUGGAAGGUUAACGGGAAACAAAGUAGUGAACUGGGACAUUAAGGACGUAAUAAACUGCAUAGGUGGGUUAAAUGUACUCUUUCCUCUACUGGAACAAAUCAGCCUCUUCAGUGGACAGAUUCCUGAAGGGAUGAGUGAAAGAACAGUUUCUGAGUUGAUAACACCUGUAGAAGGAGAGUGGGUUACGGUAUCAGCCUCUACAAAGACAUCAGAGUCAAGACUAGAGAGAAGUUUAGUUGCAACAUUUAUCUUGAUUGUGAAACACUUUCUUCAAAGGCAUCCUAUUAACCAGGACAAUCUUAUUCACUCCCGUGGAGUUGCCACUCUUGGUGCCUUACUUCAGAAGGUGCCAAGCACCUUGAUGGAUGUUAAUGUAUUGAUGGCAAUUCAAUUACUAAUUGAACAAGUAUCAUUAGAAAAAAAUAUGCAGCUCCUGCAACAAAUGUAUCAGUAUUUACUCUUCGACUUCCGUAUUUGGAACCGUGGAGAUUUUCCCUUUCGAAUCGGUCAUAUACAGUAUCUUUCUACCAUCAUCAAAGACAGCAGGAGAGUUUUCCGAAAGAAGUAUGGUGUGCAGUUUCUACUAGAUACACUUAGGAUUUAUUAUGGGAGUGAUUGUAAAUAUAAUGAGCUGUGUCUAGAUGAUAUUCGAACAAUAAGGACUUCUUUGUAUGGACUAAUUAAAUAUUUUCUGUGCAAAGGUGGAACUCAUGAAGAGAUACAAAGUAUUAUGGGUUACAUAGCUGCUAUUAAUGAAGAAGAACAGCUCGUUGGAAUUUUGGAUAUACUCUUUAGUCUUCUGCGUACCAGCCCAACUAGAGGUCAGCUUUUCUUAUUGCUGUUUGAACCAGGAAGUGCUGACAUACUUUAUGCCCUGCUCUUAAAUCAGAAGUACUCUGACAGACUGAAGGAAAUCAUUUUUAAGGUUAUGGAACAAAUGUUGAAAUGCACGAAUGUUUAUGAACGAAGUAAACAACGUAUUCGACUCAGAGAAGUUGGCUACUCAGGAUUGGGACUCCUUCUCAAUGAAGCGCCUGUUAAUACUUCUCUGAUUAAAAACCUCACCAAUCAGAUCAUAAAUACAGAUCCUGCUAUUAAUUUCAAAGAUCUGUUAUCUGUGGUAUAUAUAUCUCACAGAACAUACAUAAAUGUCAGAGUGGUCAUCUGCAGAAAGAUUUUACAGAUUUUACAGUCCCAGCCAGAUGCAGCACAUCAAAUAUCUCAACAAGUGGGUUGGCAAGACACUUUCGUUAGGCUUUUUGUUAAAGCAAAUUUUGAAAAUGGAAAUACUCUUCAUAAGCACAAUAGGGCUGUUUUAAUGAAAGACAAUGAUAAAAAUAUAUCAGCUGAAGAUAUCAAGAGGAACUUUGAUGAAAAGACAGAUGAUGAAAAAAUCAGCUCUUUUGCCUCAGCUAAUGUGUCUUCUGAUCAGUGGAGUUUGGAGGAUAGACACUCUCUAGAUUCAAACACACCAUUAUUUCAAGAAGAUAGCUCUUUGGGAGAAUUGUCUUUCAAAUCAGAGAAUCAGGAAGAAUUCUGGCACAAUAACCCUUCACAUUUGAGUUUAGAUCUCAGUGGAAUUGACUCAUGUGAACUGAGUGACAGUGGCAGUCAAAUGCCAGAUAGCUUGCCUAGCACGCCAUCCCCGAUAGAGUCUUCUAAAUCAUUUUCUGUGCAAUCUGACAAAGAAAGCAGCAUCACAAAUGAUACGGGCUUUAGUGAUGACUUCUCUUUACUUGAAAGCCAAGAGAGGUGUGAGGAGGAGCUUCUUCAAUUACUGACAAAUAUUUUGAUCUAUGUAAUGUGUAAAGGACUAGAAAAGUCUGAUGAUAGUACUUGGAUUGAACGGGGACAAGUGUUUUCAGCACUAACUAAAUCAGGAAUAUCCAGUGAGCUACUUCGACCAUCAGAUGAAAUAAAACUAAUUUUGCUGCAGAAGAUGUUAGAAUGGGCAGUCACAGAAAACAGAGAAGCAAAAACUAAUCCAGUAACUGCUGAAAACGCCUUCCGACUCAUGUUGAUCAUACAGGACUUUCUGCAGUCUGAGGGACUAGUUAAUUCAAACACGUGGAAUGAGAAGCUUUUAGAGGAUAUGAUGCUGCUCUUCGACUCUCUGUCAGUUUGCUAUUCUGAAAGUCCAUUAUGGGUAAAGCUCUCUCAAAUUCAAAUCCAGUUGCUUCUAGGAUUUAUUGAAAGGGGUAAUUUGCAGGUUUGUGCAAUGGCAUCAGCUAAGCUAAACACCCUUCUGCAGACCAAAGUGAUUGAAAAUCAGGAUGAAGCAUGUUAUAUUUUAGGAAAGCUAGAACAUGUUCUAAGUCAAUCAAUCAAGGAACAGACGGAAAUCUACUCAUUUCUGAUUCCCCUUGUCCGUACCCUGGUUUCCAAAAUUUAUGAUCUUCUCUUCAUGAACUUGCACCUGCCUUCUUUACCUUUUACCAAUGGUAGUUCCUCAUUUUUUGAAGAUUUUCAAGAAUAUUGCAGUUCAAAUGAAUGGCAAGUUUACAUUGAAAAAUAUAUUAUACCUUAUAUGAAGCAGUAUGAAACCCAUACAUUUUAUGAUGGUCAUGAGAACAUGGCACUUUAUUGGAAGGAUUGUUACGAAGCCUUAAUGGUGAAUAUGCAUAAAAGAGACCGGGAAGGAGGAGAAAGCAAGCUCAAGUUCCAGGAAUUUUUUGUGGAGCCAUUUAAUCGAAAAGCACGCCAAGAGAACUUGAGGUAUAAUAAUAUGCUUAAACAACUUAACAGUCAACAGUUAGCCACUCUGAGACGCUGGAAGGCAAUACAGGUCUAUCUUACAUGUGAAAGGGGACCUUGGGCUGAAAGGAAACAAAAUCCAAUUCACUGGAAACUAGCUAAUGUAGAAAAUUAUUCACGUAUGAGACUUAAACUGGUGCCAAAUUAUAACUUCAAGACCCAUGAUGAAGCUAGUGCUUUGAGAGAUAAUCUAGGUGUCCAACACUCACAGCCUUCCAGUGAUUCUUUGCUUUUGGAAGUAGUGAAACAAGUAAAAGUUAGUGAUAUGGAGGAAGAUAAGUUAGAUCUUUCUGAAGAGGAAAUAACAGCCAGAGUAAAUAUUGAUGAGAAUAAAGAACAGGAUCAAAAAGAAAAGUUGGUGUUCUCAGUAGACUGUGAACUCAUUACAAUAAUUGACAUAAUUCCUGGCAGAUUAGAAAUCACUACUCAACACAUUUACUUCUAUGAUGGCAGCACUGAAAAAGAAGAUGGAGUAGGCUUUGAUUUCAAGUGGCCUCAUUCUCAAGUUCGAGAGAUUCACCUGCGACGUUACAACUUGAGGAGGUCAGCCCUUGAGAUUUUUCAUGUUGACCAAUCCAACUACUUUCUCAAUUUCAAAAAAGAGGUUAGGAACAAAGUAUAUAGCAGACUAUUGUCAUUUCAUUCUCCAAAUAGUUACGGAACCAGAUCACCACAGGAGUUAUUCAAAGCAUCAGGAUUGACACAGAAAUGGGUAAAUAGAGAGAUAUCAAAUUUUGACUACCUCAUUCAAAUAAAUACAAUGGCGGGAAGAACCUAUAAUGACCUUGCGCAGUAUCCUGUGUUCCCCUGGAUUUUACAAGAUUAUACUUCAGAAGAGUUGGACUUCAAUAACCCAUCUGUAUUUCGAGAUCUUUCUAAACCAAUUGGGGUAGUUAAUGAUAAAAAUGCCAAAGCCACGAGAGAAAAAUAUGAAAAUUUUGAGGAUCCUUUGGGAACUAUUGAUAAAUUUCAUUAUGGUACUCACUAUUCAAAUUCUGCCGGGGUUAUGCACUAUCUUAUUCGGACAGAACCAUUCACUACCCUCCACAUCCAGCUUCAAAGUGGAAGGUUUGAUUGUGCAGAUCGACAAUUCCAUUCGAUCCCUGCUACCUGGCAGGCUCUCAUGGACAAUCCCAAUGAUGUGAAGGAACUUAUUCCUGAAUUCUUCUAUUUUCCAGAGUUUUUGGAAAAUCAAAAUCAAUUUAACUUGGGUCAUCUACAAGCCUCCAAAGAACGAGUAAAUGAUGUCAUUCUCCCCAAAUGGGCUAAGUCAGCUGAAGAUUUCAUCCGUAAACAUAGGAAAGCUCUGGAGUCUGAAUAUGUUUCUGCUCAUCUUCAUGAAUGGAUAGAUUUGAUUUUUGGCUAUAAACAGAGGGGUCCAGCUGCAGUGGAAGCACUCAAUGUUUUCUAUUACUGUAGUUAUGAAGGAGCUGUGGAUCUGGAUGCCUUAACAGAUGAGAAGGAAAGAAAAGCCUUAGAAGGAAUGAUUAAUAAUUUUGGGCAAACACCUUGUCAACUGUUAAAGGAACCACACCCUCCUAGAUUAUCAGCAGAGGAAGCAGUGCAGAAGCAGACCAAAACUGAGACUUCAAUCCUAAACCUAUUUCAGCACCUCCCUGAACUCAAGUCAUUUUUUAUAGAGGGAAUUAGUGAUGGUAUUCCACUAAUAAAGGCCGUUGUCCCCAAAAAUCAGUCUCGUUCUUUUAUGUCUCAAGGCAGUCCUGAGUUACUGAUAACAGUGAGCAUGAAUUAUGUUAUUGGAACCCAUGGAUGGCUGCCUUAUGACAGAGACAUUUCUAAUUACUUUACAUUCUUCAAGGAUCAAACUGUGACAAAUCCAAAAACUCAGCGUAGUCUGAAUGGUCCUUUUGCUCCAGGGCUGGAGAUCACUUCUAAGCUAUUUAUAGUGUCACAUGAUGGGAAGUUGCUUUUCAGUGCUGGACACUGGGAUAAUAGCAUUCAAGUGAUGUCACUUACAAAAGGCAAAAUUAUUUCACACAAUAUCAGACAUAUGGAUAUUGUGACUUGUUUAGCUACAGAUUACUGUGGAAUACAUUUGAUUUCUGGUUCCAGAGAUACUACAUGUAUGAUAUGGCAGAUAACACAACAGGGAGGUGUUCCUGUGGGCUUAGCAUCUAAACCCUUUCAGAUUCUGUACGGACACACUGAUGAGGUACUGAGUGUCGGCAUCAGCACUGAGCUAGAUAUGGCAGCGUCAGGAUCAAGGGAUGGCACUGUGAUUAUACAUACUAUUCAGAAAGGUCAGUACAUGAGGACUUUACGACCACCUUGUGAGAGUUCUCUGCUCGUGACCAUUCCCAAUUUGGCUAUAUCUUGGGAAGGACAUAUUGUCAUCUAUUCCAGCAUUGAAGAAAAGACCACUCUCAAGGAUAAGGAUGCAUUGCAUCUGUUUUCUGUAAAUGGAAAGUAUCUAGGGUCUCAAGUCCUGAAGGAACAAGUAUCAGAUAUAUGCAUAAUUGGAGAACACAUUGUCAUGGGUAGUUUACAAGGGUUCCUGUCCAUAAGAGACCUCCACAGUUUGAAUCUCAGCAUCACCCCAUUAGCCAUGAGAAUGCCUAUCCACUGUGUUUGUGUAACCAAAGAAUACAGCCAUAUUCUGGUAGGAUUAGAAGAUGGAAAAUUGAUUGUAGUGGGUGUUGGCAAGCAGGCUGAGAUGCGUUCAGGUCAGCUUUCUAGAAAAUUGUGGGGAUCUAGCAAGCGGCUCAGCCAGAUUUCAUCGGGAGAAACUGAGUAUAAUACUCAAGAUUCCAACUGAUUGUCAUUUCCAUCUUAUGUCAUGGGUAAUUGAAACUUGAUUUACUGCUUUGUCACUUUAACCACAUCUCUCAACUAUGUGAAAUGUUUCGGGGCUUUCAUCCCUGAAAAUCAGUUUGGGCUUACCAAAAUUUGGUAUGAUAUAUGUAUAAAGAUGUCAGCUGUAUUAUAAUUCACUUAAAAAUUUUCUGGUUAACAUUAUUGAAUCCAAUCUUUUAAACUAAUUCUUGGUCCCCAGUAUGAUAGAUUUGAGAAAGUACACUUAAUUAGAGUUAGUGGUCCAUUCUAAUGAUCAUUAGAUCCAUUUUUAAAAACGAACUUCUAAAAAUGAAGAAGUUAGAUUUAAUAUGCUUAUAAUUCUAAACAGCAGUACUUAAGGUAUAUCUAAUAAAGGAGUACAGAUAACAAGACAGUUGAAAGACAUGGCUUUUAAUAUAUUUUAGUUAAUAAUUUUCCUAUUUACUGACCACCAAACUAAAAAAAAAAUCAAUUUACUUGUGGAACUCCUGAUUGGAAGUAAUAUUUUAAAGGUAUUUGUUGUGUAUUUGGAUUUUCAAAACUCAGUAUAAAUUCCAGGUUUUCAUGAUAAGUUGAAAAAAAGACUAUUGAAACUGGUACAUUGGCUAAUUCCACUACUACUUAGCACAUUACUAGUAAAAUUUUAUUGAAAUGUAUUAUUAUUCUUAAAUAAUAAAAGUUGAGUAGGAAUAAGAGAAACUAGAGAUACAAAGUACUGGUUAUGAUUUUGACGGGUUCUUUCCAUAGCAUUUGCA